CUGUGGUCAUAAUGGAGCAGAUUGGAUUGUUGGCGGAUGAGGGCGCUUCACCGCCAUUUGAAACUCACACACACACACUCACGCUCAGUGGCUCUGUCCGAGCUACGUAGCGUGUGUAUCCCUGAAAGUAGAGUAGAUGAUGAACUGAGCAGCUGAUAAGACAAGGAAAAUCUUCACCACGACAGCGACACAGAUCCGAGAUCAAUGAUCGGGUGAUGUGAAAGAUCCCGAUCGGAGGAGAUCUUACUCGGCCGAGCAGGCUGAAGUGGAGAAGCAGGACUUUUUGUCGUGCCUGUUGGUGCUCACGCUGGCCAUCAGAUGACCAAGUUGUGAAAAGUCGAUCUGCGCUGUCUUUGCAGUUUUUCUCCCCAGCUUGAGACUUCGAAACAACAUCAUGACUGUCUCGUCCUCCUCCUCCAAUGUCGUAGUCCUUCUCCUAAUUUCCUCCCUGGAUUGGCUGUCCACUCCUGGAUCAGCGUUUCUCAUGGGCCGGGACCACGUGACGUCACCAGCUCCCGUGGAACCUCACAUCACAGAGUGCAUAUCGAGGGACCUAGAGACAUUCCGGUGUUGGUGGAGUCCAGGUGACUUCCACAACCUGUCCUCCCCUGGAGCACUCAGAGUCUUCUACCUUAAGAAAAACUUGCCCACCAGUGAAUGGAAAGAGUGUCCAGAGUACCUUCAUUCAAAUAGGGAGUGCUUCUUCGAUGGAAACCAUACAUCGGUUUGGGUCCCCUACUGCAUGCAGCUCCGCGGCCAAAACAACAUCACAUAUUUCAACGAGGACGACUGUUUCACUGUGGAGAAUAUUGUACGGCCUGACCCACCAGUGUCUCUAAACUGGACUCUGCUGAAUAUAAGUCCCUCCGGGCUCAACUAUGAUGUCAUGGUCAACUGGGAGCCCCCACCCUCUGCAGACGUCGGGGCGGGCUGGAUGCGCAUUGAAUACGAGAUCCAGUACAGAGAGAGAAACACCACAAACUGGGAAGCAUUGGAAAUGCAGCCACACACCCUGCGGACAAUCUACGGUCUGCACAUAGGAAAAGAGUAUGAGGUGCACAUCCGCUGUAGGAUGCAGGCCUUCACUAAGUUUGGAGAGUUCAGCGACUCCAUCUUCAUUCAAGUGACUGAGAUUCCCAGCAAAGAGUCUACCUUCCCGCUCACUUUGAUUCUUGUUUUCGGGAUUGUGGGCAUCCUCAUACUCAUCAUGCUAAUCGUCGUCUCUCAGCAGCACAGAGUGAUGAUGAUUCUGUUGCCACCGGUUCCCGCACCCAAAAUUAAGGGCAUCGAUCCAGAGCUGUUAAAGAAGGGGAAGCUGGAUGAGCUGAAUUUUAUCCUGAGUGGUGGAGGUAUGGGUGGCCUGCCCACAUACACCCCAGAUUUCUACCAAGACGAGCCAUGGGUGGAAUUCAUCGAGGUGGAUGCUGAGGAUGCAGAUACCGGAGAGAAGGAGGACAACCAGGGCUCAGACACCCAGAGGCUCCUCAGUCUGUCCCAGCCCGUCAGCCACCAUAUGAACAUAGGCUGCUCCAAUGCUGUCAGCUUCCCUGAUGAUGACUCAGGCCGGGCCAGCUGUUACGACCCAGACCUGCCUGACCAAGACACCCUAAUGCUGAUGGCCACCCUGCUGCCAGGCCAACCCGAGGACGGAGAAGCGUCCUUCGAUGUUGUUGAAAGAGCCCCAGCCCCAGAGAGAGGCGAGAGGCCCCUCGUCCAAACCCAAACUGGAGGGCCCCAGACUUGGGUCAACACAGACUUCUAUGCCCAGGUCAGCAAUGUGAUGCCUUCUGGGGGUGUGGUACUAUCUCCUGGCCAGCAACUCAGAAUCCAGGAGAAUACAUUAGCCACAGAGGAGGAGACACAAAAGAAGGGAAAAGAGCACAAAGGCAGCGAGGACACUGAGGAGAACAAGCAGAAAGAGCUGCAGUUUCAGCUGCUGGUCGUGGAUCCUGAAGGCAGCGGCUACACCACAGAGAGCAACGCCCGGCAGAUCAGCACUCCCCCCAGCUCCCCCAUGCCUGGCGAGGGUUAUCAAACCAUACACCCUCAGCCAGUGGAGACCAAACCUGCCCCCACAGCAGAGGAUAAUCAAUCCCCUUACAUUCUUCCUGACUCUCCCCAAUCCCAGUUCUUUGCCCCUGUUGCAGACUACACAGUGGUACAGGAGGUGGACAGUCAACACAGUCUGCUCCUCAACCCGCCUCCCCGCCAGUCUCCUCCUCCCUGCGUGCCACAGCACCCACUCAAGGCCCUACCUGCUAUGCCAGUGGGGUACAUCACCCCAGACCUCCUGGGGAACCUCUCACCAUGAAAUGACAAUGCCAUCAGGCCUUUAAAGAGUAAGGUUGAUCGACCAGGAAGUCCCCUGCAGUCACAAAAGCCUGUUUCUACCUGAUUCCUGCUGGAAACCAAAUAACCCACAGCGCACAGUGCGGAUGAGAGUGUACAGGUGUUUGUUUUCAGAGGGUGCCGAAAGGGAGACGUGGAAAGCUACCGAGCUGUAUUCUUGACUCUUUUACAUGUGCUACAUCAGUUAAUUUGAUGCAAAGGCAGCCAGAAUUAAACAUCGCAAACCAAAUGCACAGUUCUGCUUUAUAUGUCGACAUCAAUGCACAAGAUACACGCAGAUAUAAGGCUGAGACUGCGAUUGUAAUGAGUCAAAAAAGCACCAGCUCACUGCUUAACUGACAUCUCUGGCUAAGUGUGUGUAGAGCAGUGGCAUUGUUGAAGUCUUAAUCUAACAAAAAGAUGUCAGUGUUUGAUUGACCGAGAGAAGACGAGCAGAUUCUAGUCAUGCUUUUCACACCACACCAGGAAAAAGUCGUUGAUACCUUUUGCUGGCAGAGAUGUUUUGCCGCUCAAUCGUGGCUUAUUUUGUAUUAUUACAUUUAUAUUUCAUACUAUCCUAUAGCACCUAAAGAAAAAAAAUCCACCCUAAAAUACAGUCAAAAACACUACUAUGCAGUUUUACCUUGCAUUUCUGGCUUCAUUUUGUUUCAUGGUAUGCUGUUCAUAUUCUCAGACUACGUGGCCAAAAGUUAUAUGAUGUCAAGAUGUUCUCUAUUUUUCUACAGCCACAACAGAGUUUAAUAGAAGACAUACUUUCAACCUCUUUACAGUACAAAUGCACAAACACAGACGUGAGUCAUUGGGACAAGACUAUUUUAUCUCUUUCCUCCCUUAGGGGAUUUAUAAGGCAUUUUGGGAAAUGAAGGUAAUCCCUAACUUAAGUCGAAGUAGAAGGGAUGAAUGAAAGGAAAAUUUCAUCACAAAUUCCCUGGAAUGCAUUGAAUAUUGCAGCCUGAUUUUACAUGUCCCAGCAUGGAAUUGUUAUUAUUCCGUUUAACUCUGACAUGUGUGCUGAUAACGUAUCGCUUACAGCACCAAACAGCCGUUCUUGUAGCAAGGAGGAGGGAUUUAUUCAGUUUCACCUACAGCUGGGAGCCACUCAGUACAGACUGUGCUUUGGUACACUGAGCACCACCAAGUGCCUUGCUGAAGGGCACAAUGAUAUAGUUAUUGAGCUAAAGGGAAGACACGUACACACGCACACACACACACACACACACCUGUCAUUGCAUUUCAUCCUGUGACAGCAGCCGAGCCUCACCUAUACAACCAGCACUCACUCAUAAUUAUGUAAACCGAAACGUUAGGAGCGAGUUUUCUGCUUGGGAGUUGUACUCUUCUCAUGUUGCAUUGUUACUGCAGGGACAGCAACUGGAACAAGUUGGACGACUGUGAAAGUAUGUAAUAGCUGUAAUUAGCUAACCUUUUAUACUUAUAAUCUGCCAAGUACACGUGUUAACAACCUGUGCCUACAAUAGUGUUAUUGGCUUGCCGUUUCUGUGCUAAAUUGUGCUUACGGAAUUAGGAUUUGUGCAUUUAUGUAUUGCUUUGUACAGGCGGGUACUGCUAUGUGAUGGGUGAAGUGGUGCAGAGAUUCACAACUAAAAGCAUGCACUAACACACACACUGCAACAUAAAUAUUUGCCUUAAUUGAUUUUUAAUUUUGCCUUUGUGUCACAGUCGUAAAAAAAAUGAUGAGCUGCAAAUUGUGGAAGAAAAUGGCUGCAAGGGCGAACAUAUUUUGAGGCCACUUAACCGUAAUUUGCACAUUUCUGAUCGUGCUCGUAAAACUGACCACAAUUCCCAAACCAAAAAUGUUGAUAAGGGCUCAAAAGGCUUUGAGUUCCAACUUUGAUAGAGUAAUAAAUACACAUAGAAGUGAGUGUAAUUGUGUAAUUGUUACUUUGCCCCCAUAAUUCUCUUAUAAUAAGUAAAUUUAGGACAAAAACGUAGGCAGAAUCAUUUAGUCUGAUUGUGUAAGCUUGUCCUUGGUUUACUGACAAUGUAAUCUUUUUUUGUAACAGCCCGUGUGUGUAGGAGGAUAGCAGAGGCAACCUUUUGUAAAGGUUUUAAGCAUUCAGUGUAUGAAUCUCAUUAGACUUUAACAAUACACCUACGACAAACAGCAGCAUAGCAUAAUGGACACAAUAAGCUAUCGAAGCCUAGGCUUAAGAGUUUGCGCGGCAUGCAUGGUUUUGUGAUGCAACACAAUGAACUUUCAUUACAACAACUCCGUGAAUGAGGCAGGAGCAUUGUUAUUGUCUAACAUCAAGGCGGCCUCCAAAUGAGGACAUCUCACCAUAAACAAAACAUACUUCACCGUGGAAAGGAAACACAUCCUGCCUCUGAAUAGCGUCGUCGGAAUCAUCCUUGAGAAAGGUGGGCCGAGCCGUCACAAUGGGUCUUUUGUAUCAGACAAUCCCAUAAUGAAGAGAGACAAAGCGAGAGCCAUAAAAUGACCAUUUUUAAAAAAAACUGUGAAUACGAUAGAUACGUGCCAUUUCUCUUUCUCUUUCUCUGUCCCUCCGUCUGCCUCUCAGAGCUCAGUGUUCUGUUGUCGCUGCCUCGUGCUGAUGAUACCAGCAAGUCAAUGCUGUUGCAGAAAUGUCUUAAUAUAUUUAGUGCUGUAAGAUUACAAGUAUAUAUUUUUAUGUCAUUAAUGUUACUAAUCACACUAUAUUGCUGCUCGGUACAUGUAUUUUUUUUUUCCUGCAUUCAGCCUUACUGUGGUGGAAAGGGGUCAUUUAAAAGAGAGCGCACAGAUCUCUGUGAAUGUUCGGGGAUGAUACUGAUAUCUGAAAAUGGGCUGUUAUCAGGAGCAACAAUAGGACAGUGUUGCCCUCAAGUCAAGACGUAACACAGUCACCUAAUGAUGUUCAGCCAACUUUAAGUGUUCCCAUGCAUCCAAAGAUCCCCACGAGGCUCUCUGUGUACAUGAAGGAAGAUCAGAUACAAGGGGAGGGCGAAGCACGGCUAAGGUUCUGUUUCAGUUGUACCGUGAUGAUUGUGAAUGCAUGCAAACUGGAAUAUGCAAUGCAAUUACGAUAUUGAGGAAAAAUAUGUUAAAAAAAAAAAAAAAAACAGAGAAA